AUGGCAAGCUGUGGAGGAUGUUUCACUACAAUAACCGACGGGAGAUGUUUGAAAUGCCGCAACUGCCAAAAACUGUACGACCUUAUUUGUGCGAAUGUCUCGGAAGACUUAUUUAACGGCAUGGGACCGGACCAGAAAUACUCUUGGAAGUGUGUGGAGUGCAGAAGUGCGGAGCCCAAGACGGACAACUCAAACACGCCCGUACGCGUUGGUAAUACGACACACGGACACGCUAAUGUCAAUAUGUGCAGGGGUGCGCGGACUCAGGUCGUCAUGAGCCCCGUGGAGGACGAGGGCAACAGUUCCGUCAUGGAGGUGUCGUACACUGACGGCAACUUUCACAACACCACCCCGCGCGACAACGGGAUGGACUCGACCCGCGUCACCGACACGCAGCUACUGAUCACCGAGCUCCGGCUCUUCCGCGAGGAGUUACGCGCCAUGAGCCAGCAGAUACACGCUCUUCGCGCGACCCUGGCGAGCCUGACAGCUAGGAUCGAUGGCUGCGAUGGGCGCAUCGACGAGCUUUGUGCCCGUGUUGAGUCGCUGGAGAGCAGGCCGCGGUCGAAUGAUAGCGGCGCCAACACAUCUCUCGCCGAAACUGUGUCGCAGCUUAGGUUAGAGCUCAACGACCGCGAGCAGGCGUUGUUACUAAAUGACAUCGAAAUAUCAAGUGUGCCAGAGAGUCAGGGCGAAAAUGCGAUGCAUUUGGUGACAACCCUGGGCCAAAAGUUAGGGGUUGAACUCACCGAGCACGACAUCGUCGACGCUACGCGUGUGGGGCACGCGCCUCAGCUUGAGGAGGGUGUCCACGGGCCGGCAGCGCGACCGCGGCCCCUCGUCGUGCGCCUGGCGCGCCGCGCCGUCAGGGACCGCCUGCUCCAGGCUGCGCGGGUGCGUCGCGGUGUCACCACGGAAGGCACUGGCAUCCCUGGGCGAACGUGCAGAUUUUAUGUCAACGAGCGGUUGACGCCCCACAACCGACGACUCCUAUACAAGGCGCGGGAGCUGAAGCAGCAGUUCUCCUGGCGGUAUGUCUGGACCCGCGACGGUAAAAUCUUCGUACGGCAACAGGCUGGGACGAGUUCGCCCCGAUACCGCAUACGCACUGAAGUAGACUUGGAGCGUGUUUUUGGUCGAUGAUAGGUUUGUUCGUAACAUUGGCUUC